GCAGGAAACGGGCAGACCAAUCAGAAUCAGCUCCUGCAUCCUGGGUCUGUAGGUGAUAUAAGGCAGCUGUAGUGAGACGCUGCAGAUGCGGAUCUCACCACACAAAUCAAACAUCAGAGGCUGUCGAUGCAACAGCUAAGGAGUGUCGUCUGACUGCAGGAUGGCGGUGGAGCUGCUCGGCCUGCUGCUUCUGCUCGCUCUCAGCCAGGCAGAAAAAGACACGUGUUUAAAAUCUGCUGCCAGUUGCGACGAGUGCAUCCAGUCAGACUCUGCGUGUGCCUGGUGCACCUCCCCUCAUGCUCAGGUUCGAUGUUCAACUGCGGCCGGGCUGCAGAGUGCAGGCUGUCAUCAGAGAUUCAUUUAUAACCCUAAAGGCAGCACACAAGUGGUCAGAAAUGACACCAGGAGUGGUGCAGCAGAUUCCAGAACUUUCUUCCUGCAGCCCCAGGAGGUCUCCCUCCAUCUGAGGCCAGGAGUAAGACAGUCUUUCCCUCUCACCGUUUCCAUGCCAACAGACCAGUCGUAUCUACCCAUGGACCUUAGCGACGUGCCAGCUGGGGUCAACAUCACAUUCAGACGCGAUACAAAAGGAAACCUCCACCUCUUACAGGUGACUGUGGAAGCUGCAGAGUGUCCCAGUAACGGGACUGGACCCUGGUCCAUUCUUCUCACACCCCGACACGUUUCCCUCAGUGUGAAGUUAGAAAUAACACUCGUGUGUCGGUGUAACUGCACAGGAGGCCGGGAGGAGAACAGCCCUGGCUGCAGCGGCCGCGGGGCUCUCAUCUGUGGCCAGUGUGAGUGCCCCGAGCCUUACGUUGGACAACAAUGCCAGACAAACAGCGACCCUCCUUCAUCGUGGGAUGAAAUCCUGUGUCGCUCACACUCAACUGCACCGGUGUGCAGCGGCAGGGGCAGCUGUGUGGAGGGCAUGUGUGAAUGUAACAGGAGGGGAAAUCCAACAGAAGUCUACAGCGGGCGAUACUGUGAGUGCAGCAACUUUGAGUGUUCGUACCACAACGACAGGCUGUGCGGAGGGAAGGGGAGGUGUGAAUGUGGACGGUGCGCGUGUUCUCCCGACUGGAUUGGCGAGGCCUGCAGUUGCUCCACGGACACAACUUCCUGUGCGGCAGCAGCAAACCCGAUGCUGUGUAACGGCAAAGGCUUGUGUGUGUGCGGCAAGUGUGAAUGCGAGCCACCAUACAGCGGCCCCACCUGUGAGGACUGUCCCGUUUGCUGACGGGAGCUAACACAAACCGGUGAGAACAGAUGUUUACCUCCCAACAUCUGUGCAGCUUAGGAACAUUCGCUGACGCAUCGACGUUUCUUUGUGCUCUGGUAACUUCUGCAACGUGCACGGGGCAGGAAGACAUUUCAACUCCCCCGGCAGGUGAACGUCUCAUCUGUACUUCUUACCAUUUCUGCUGUUCUGCUCGUUUUAAUAUUGGUGUGGGACACUUCUUCACUUCUACGCUAAAGCUCUGCUGUACGACUUCCCUGCUGUGGAAACAGUGGAAGCUAAAGAAGAUCUUCCAAUAAACACAUAAAAAUGGUAAAACAUGCAGUCAGGAUCAUUCGUGGUUUUAUUUUCUUUCCCACCAUCUCCUGUCACCAUCAAAUAUCACAAUAAAUCCAAAGCCUUCCUAAAACUGAA